UUUAGACCUCGACCGAAUAGGCAGCAUAAGCAAACCUCCCAAACCCUCCCCCGAUCUCCGCCGCUCCAAAAUGUGGCGCCGCCACCUCCUCCGCUUUCUCCCGUCUCCGGCCCCCGGCGCCACGGCCGCCACGCCCCAUUCGCCCUUCCUGCGCCACCUCUCCACCUCCACCACACCCGCUCUGACCAACUCCCUCGCAUCGUCCCUCGCGGCGGCGCUCGCCGCGCUCUCCACGACCCCGCCGCCCGCCACCACCGCGGACGCCUACUUCUCGCUCCAUUUCUCCGACGUGCGCCCCACCAACGCGCUCCUCGCCGAGGCGCUCGCGCUCUCCCCGCCCGACUCCUCGCGCGCAGCCGCCGACCUCUUCCGCUUCCUCGUCCGCCGCCGCUCGCUCCACCCCUCCGACGGCGCGCUCGCGCCCGUCGUCCGGCACCUCGCGCGCCGCCGCGACUUCCCCGCCGUGCGCGCUCUCAUCCAGGAGUUCCCCACCGCGCUCGGGCCCGCCACGCUCGACGCUUACCUCCGCCAGCUCGCCAGAGCCGGCCGCCCCACGGAUGCCGUCAAGGUGUUCGACGAAUUGCCCGAGCAGCUCCGUAACCGCGAGGCGCUCACUUCGUUGGUCUCCUCGCUUUCUGCUGAAGGCUUCCCUUCGCACGCAGAACGUGCUACCAAGAAGGUCGCCAAUGAGAUCUUCCCGGAUGACAAUAUCUGCACUUUGCUGGUAUCUGGAUAUGCCGAUGCUGGAAAGCUCGACCAUGCACUGAGGUUGAUUGGCGAGACACGGCGUGGUGGGUUUCAGCCAGGGUUGGAUUCAUACAAUGCUAUUCUUGACUGUGUUUGCCGGCUCUGCCGCAAGAAGGACCCGCUGAGGAUGUCAGUGGAAGCGGAGAAGUUCUUAGUUGACAUGGAGGCCAACGGCAUUCCCCGGGAUGCAGGGACAUUUCGGGUGCUGAUCACAAAUCUUUGCAAGAUCCGCAAGACGGAGGAUGCCAUGAAUCUCUUCCGCCGUAUGGGUGAGUGGGGAUGCUCACCGGAUGCUGACACAUACUUGGUGCUCAUCAGGAGCUUGUACCAAGCUGCUCGGAUUUCAGAGGGGGACGAGAUGAUGACAUGGAUGCGUUCUGCCGGAUUUGGAGAUAAACUUGAUAGGAAGGCGUAUUACGGAUUCAUCAAGAUCUUGUGUGGGAUUGAGCGGGUUGAGCAUGCUGUCAAGGUAUUCCGUAUGAUGAAAGGAUAUGGGCAUGCUCCUGGAGUGAAGUCGUAUAGCUUGCUGAUUGAGAACCUUACUAGGCACAAUUUAGGGGAUCGUGCAAGUGCACUGUUCAGGGAGGCAGUUGCACGUGGUGUAACUGUGGCACCAAGAGAGUAUAAGACUGAAAAGAGGUUUGUGAAGGCAAAGAAGGAGAAGAAGGUGAAGAAGAGGCUCACUUUGCCGGAGAAGAUGAGAUUGAAGAGCAAGAGGCUAUACAAGCUCAGAAUGAGUUUUGUCAAGAAGCCCAGGCGUCGAAUGAGAAUUUAAGCAAAAUUUUUGUUUGGUUGGAGCAGAUGGCCAUGGGAGCGAAACAUCAUCGGGAGUUAGAUUUAUUAAUCCUGAAGAUCAGAAAAUUGUUGUCCUUGACUUGUGCCUGCCAUUGUGACUGGCUAUUCAACAGUAAUGUUUUCCAAUGUAAGGGCUACGUAUGGUUUAUGUUUCAAUGUCUGGUGGCUCUGGUGAUGUUUGGUGCGACUCCUUGCAUUUCAUUCUAAAUAAUGUACCAUUUCACUUCUUUUUGUUUACCCUUCUAGUAAUGUUAUGUACACCUUAGUUUUUCAUAGAAAGCAUUGGAAAUCUGCAACAACCGUAUGCCCAACCAAAUCUAACUGUACCAUCUCUUGCUAAAGAACGGUCACUGUUUUUU